AUGGAUGAUAAAGAUCCUGAACGUGUUGGAUCAAAAGUAAACCCUCUUCUUGAGCAUGGAAACAUGACAAGUUGGAUCUUCAAGACUAAGGGUGCCCCUGCUGGUUCUUUUACUUCAUUGAAUGAAUCAAACUUAGACAGGACCCUGGUUAAAGGCUUCGGGAUCAUUGGCGUUAUCGCUGACAGAGAGAUUAGAUCGUCCAGGACUCUGAAAGAGAUUUCAACAGUUGCUAAUGGAGCCUCAAAGAAAGAAAUCAAUAGGGCAAUUGAAGUAAUAAAGAAACGACUAGAGGUUGAUAUGGGGACUGUGCAGCCAGGAGAACUUGUCAGGCGCUUCUGUUCCACACUUGGCAUGAACAAUCAAGCCAUCAAGGCUGUUCAAGAAGCUAUUAUUAUGGUAGUACUAGAUUUGGAUAUAAGGAGGAAUCAGGAAAGUGAAAUUGGUUUUGGCGGCCAUUAUUUACAUGAUAAAUCGGAAAUUGCGGUUGCAGUUGAGGUUGCAGAAGGUACAAUUAAGAAAUUCUAUAAAGCUCUUGCUCCUUAUGCUUUAAGGCUAGUGCCCCAAUGGAAUGAUGAGAAAGUCAAGAAAAAUUAA